AAAGUAUAAACGGCUGAUUGAAGACAAGUUGAAGAUUUGUGCCGGACAUCCCGUUUUGUUAUCAUUUUUGGGCUUUUAAAGAAGUUUCGAUUAAUCCUGCAGGAUGCCUCUACUCACUACUUGUUGUGGGUGUUGGCAGCUUCGUCAAGGAACAUUUGUUAGCUGCGCAUAUAGCUUGAUUUAUUCCUUAGUGGCCAUUGGAUUGUCUGGCUAUGGGAUACAUAGUUACCUCAACUAUGGGAGCUUUUUGAUCUAUAAUGAGACUGCCCACAGCCAGGAAAUUGGCACUGAGCAACGAGUGCUGUACAUUGCCAACUGCGUGGACAUCGGCCUGUAUGCCAUCCUCAUGCUGUCUGCCAUCUUAGUCAUCAUUGGAGUUAAGAGGCUGCAGCGCUUCUUCUUCAUCCCUUUCCUGGUUACCAUGGGAAUGCUGGUCCUCCUUCAGGUCCUCGUCUGCUUCCUCUCCAUCGUAUCUCUGUUCAUCCUCUUUGCAGAAGGCGCUGUAUUUGAGAUGUUCCUUGCUGUCGUCUUCUUGAUUGCUGAUUUGAUGUGCUGGCUGUGUGUCUUCUCUUACUACCAGGAAUUGCGGGAUGGUCGAGCCCAGAUACGGGUCAACUACACCAUCAGGGUACCGGAAAUCAGCCAAUCAGAGAAGACGGAUGUGACCAUAGACACCAGCCAAGCCAUAGAUGGGCCUCCUGCCUACACUUUGCUCUACCCAGAGCCUAGAGACUAACCAAGGAAAGGUUUACCAAGGAAGUAGCAUGUACAUGUAUAUGCACAGGAAAGCACAUUCUGCUUGAAUUUAACAUAAAAGUGUCAUGAUCAUGUGAUCCUAUUAUUCAUUGGGCUAUUGUGAAGGCAGAUUUGUCUGUUUGAACCUGUUCAGUGUGUCACUGGGUAUUUUUUAACCUCAAAUUUUGACCAUGAUCAGCUGUACCAUAAUACGCAGCAAGAAGUUGUUAAUGCAAGGCCACGUAUUAUUUCCUGUGUUGGUUAAUACCACGUUGCACCAAGUUCAAAGUAUCCUUCUACACGUAUAGCAUGGUAAAAUUGUUCAUCAAAGUACAUGUAAUGAACCAUGUUCACCGAAAGCAAAGUAUUUCAUUUGGGAUGGCCCAAGCACUGCGAACAAGCCAUGACGCACAAAGUCUAUUUUGUUUAUAACUAAUUGUGGUAUUUUUUACACAUCAGUGCUUAAAACACGUUCAUACGCAUUGCUUUUGAACACUGUAGUGGUCGUUGGCAGAAUCAAGUGCAGUGGUCCAGAAAUGACAAUCUUGUUGUGAGAUUGGGGUGGGAUAGGAGUGACUUUGUCAUUCACUAUUGGGGGAGGGAGGCAGAGCCGGGGGGGGGGGAAUUAUUGCACGGCCUAAUUAAAAGUUAAGCAUCACUAGAGUUGAUCUUGAAGGAGACUUUAUGGACAUGCAGUGAGUGGUUGGGGUGAGAGGCUGGUUAAUUGAUGAAGGCUGAUUCAGUCUUGUGAUAUCAUACGUGGCUCACUCUCCACUGUGCUUUGACUCAACGACAGUACAUCAGUAAACCGUCUACUUAGCCUUUGCUGUACUCUUUAUUUUAAAGUUAAUGCAUAAAAGACCACCAAAGGACACAAAAUGGUAGAGCAAGAAAACUGCAACCAAGUUCAUCAACACAGCAUUUGUCAUGACAUUCUGGUCAAUGUAAUCAUCUGAAAUCAGCCACACCGACAGUGUGGAUUGUCUGUAGUGCAGUAAGCUCCAGGGCUAUAUGCAUAGUAUAUUUUUGAAAAAGAUAUUCUAUUUUUCUUCUCCUUUGUUGUCCCGAAGCAUGCAUGGUUCAGCCAUGUUGGUCCACUGAUCCCAUGCUCGUGCAGGAAUACCGGGCAUGUGUUGUAAAAUCUUAUCUUUGUUGUCCAGUUUUUCAGUGCAUGUGAGUUUUGUGAGUUUCUUGAAAGUGUCAGUUACAUUGUUCAACUUGUAACUAUUUGUAUUUACGAUAUGGGAUGAUGUAGUCAGAUGCAAAGUGCAGUAGUUUUUUUACUUUAGCAGUGGCUGGUGCCUAUUAAUUUGGCUCUAAACGAUCUCUUUAAUAGUGUUGAAACGUGAUCAGGUGGCCGUGAUCUUUAGUGAGAAUUCUGAGACUGUCAUAUUAUGACUGUACUUAAAACUUCAUUCAUAUAUACCUGGUUUUUCUAUUCCUAUUGGUCGAAACUCGUCACGUGACCAUUCAUUAACAUUUGAUAAUGCCCGCUUAGAAAUUAUAAUGCCCGCUGCAUAAAUCAUGCGCUGGCACAUGGAGACAAGACUGUUUAUUCAGGUCUGAUAGGUCAGGAGUCUGUGUACACGCAAACGUGCCUCGCAUGUGGCAAGUUUAUUAAAGGAGAUUCUAUUGGACAACUUUCAAAAGGAAUAUUCCAUGAAAUGGACGGGGGUGUUCAGGAAAAUGAAAGUAAAGUUUUAGAACAAAAUCGUUGGAAAUUCAUCAUAUAUUGUCUUCUUUUUGACUCCCUGAAUAAAAACGUGUUCUUGGUCAGUCUUAAACUAGUGUUUAAGACCUUGCUUGGAACAAUGAACGCUGAUAAUGCCCUUGCCUGAGGCUCGAGCAUUAGUCACUUCCAUUCUCCUAAGUUUGUCAUAAAUAUACUUUAAAGACCGGCCAAGCACAUAUUUAUUCCCUUGGUUGUAAACCAAAAGGUAAACUUGUAUUAACUUGCCAAACACUCAGUGUUCUUUUCAAAAAUGAAAGUAUCACCAAGUCGGUGCAGCAUUAUGUUACUUGGCAUUGCCUGAAUGAAUAACCUUGAAUUAAUUAGUUUUACAAACAUUUUUUAUCCUACCUAAUCGACUGUAUUCAUGAGAUGGCCAUUCUUAAUCAUGUUUCCCGACUCUUUUUUAUUCUUUGAACACUCUAAAAUAGACAGGAACCUAUUUUGCUUUAAUUACGGGCAUAGCUUCGUUUUGAGGUUUUUUGUCAUUAUGGACGAUAAAGGCAACACAGUAUUUUAUUCGUAAUUUGGAACCAUUCACUGGAGGACAGGAUUUGCCCAUACUUCAUCAACUUUGCUCCCAAGAUUUAAGAUUUCAGAAAACAUUUAAUACAGGGAUUGCCUCAAUCUCAUUUCAAGAUGGCAGAUGUAAGGUGAAUGGAAGAGUUUUUGUGUGCUAUGCUUUAUAAUAUUUAUUGGCAUAUUAUUCAGUGUCAAGGAAACUCAUGAAUACUUGCUGCGAAGCAAAGACAGAAUAACUUCUCUCCUGAAAACAAGUAGAUGCCAUUUCAUUUUAAUACUGUUAAGACUUUGUGGUUUAGAUGAAUGGACAAUUGGAUAUUUAUCAAGCUCCAGUCAUUUUUCAUAACCUAAGGCUAUAUAUAAUGUACCAGCAAGGCAUGGUAUUGAAAAAGUUGGCCAAAUUGUGAUCGCUUCUGUGUAGAGAAUCAUACAGUGGACCCUGCCCAUGUCUCCGGGGAACCAGACCAUGAUGUCUACAAUUGGAUAAGAGAUUUCUUUACGUAAGCUUGCCAUAAACAUCAGAGAUCAGUGCAAUUUCUACUCAGACAUACAUUUGUACAUGUAUGCAUAUACAUGUACAUACAUAUGAUCGGUAAGUGCUUAGUGUUGUCUUAAUCAGAGUUUUAUUUCAUGUGUAAAAGAAGUAUUUGUCCUGAGACGUGUGAGCACUCUAAAAAGAUUUUGAAAAAAAUGCAAUUGUGUUUUGAUUACAAAGUUAGCAUCUACAUGUAAAAUAUAUUUGUUACAUGUACAUGUACUGCUAACUGCUUAAGGUCAGAGAAUGCUAAUUUUUUUUCAGAGUUUGGCAGAAAUAGAUACAUUUACUUACCAAACCUCUAAAAGGGGAAAAAAGAUUUUGAGCAAGAUGUAUCAGAGGCACGUAAUAAGAGUGCAACUGUGUUUUUGUUACAAAGAUGAAAUGUGUCAGAAAAUGGAUUGAUUAGGUUAAUUCAAAGCAAAUAAGUGUUCACUGCUAUGCGAUUUGCAGUUUCCACGUCUGUAAUGAUUGUUACAUGUAUGUUACCAUUAGAUUGUCAAAAUAAUGCAUUCGGUCUUGGAACGAUAAAGUCAGUUAAGUAGGGUUUGUAUCAGUGUACUCCACCAAAAGUCUACUUACCAUCCUUCAUUCUCAAAAAUAUUCUGAAGUUUUCUUUCUGUCAAGAGGAUUACUUUCAAGAUAUUUGAAAUGGAUGUUAUCACCAUCCGUUGGCUUAGGAAGAGAUAUUUCCAAAUUGGAUCGUGAUUAUAUUGGUUCUUUCAGUUUUGUAUAUGUUGAUCAAUUACUUGUAUGGAAACUACUUGCAAACGAAAGUGAAAUUUUGAAAUGAUAGAAUAUUUAAAAAAGUUACGGAGUAAAAUGGAAUAUAAAUGAUGAUUAUUUAAUUUGCAAAUGAAACUGGAAUUUUGACAUGACAGAAUAUUGAAAAAUAUGGAGUAAAAUGGAACAUUAAUGAUAAUUAUUUAAACGGAUGUUCAGUUUUAUGUCUAACAUUUGAUUAUUAAUCAUCAAUUUAUUUUAUCAGCAACACUGUAAAAACAACAUUUAGAGUUCAAACACGUUUUUAUACCCACUUUUUAAAAAACAUGUUUAACCCAUGACUUGUUUAAUGACGUGUUUAGCAAUGCUUAACGCUUUUCCAUGGUACGUGUUCAGCUUUUUGAAAUCCCGAAAGUGUUUAGAAAUGUGUUUAAACUCUAAGCACCUUAGAGUUUAAACAAUUUGCAUGUAAGUUCAUUGUAAGUGUUCUGCAUGUACGCAUGAGUAUAUUUAGCAUAUCUUUGCAAUUAACCACACGUUGUGUUGAAUAAAACUUGACAUUUCAAAUUCACCGAA